AUGGUCAGGAAAGAGUCUGACAUGGAGGAGGAGGCUCGUGUCUCUGUCCCCCGCAGCCGCUCGGCCCGGCGGAUGGACCCCAGCAGGUCGGUGCCGGCGGAGCUGAAGUUUCGCAAGCCCUCUCAGCGGGCCAGGAUCCCGGCGCCCUUCCUCGCCCACCCGGACGGGGUGGCUGGGCCGGCGGGACCCCCCGGGUCGGACCCCGCGGAGGCGGACGUGGACUCCCUUGUGCCCACGCACGACGAGCGGGGCCGGCUCAUCCCUGAGUGGAAGCGGCAGGUGAUGGUGCGGCGGCUGCGGGCCCGGCUGGGGCGCGGGCGGUCAGGGGUCGCUAACCUGGCGUCUCCGCAGGAUGCAGCCGCCUGGAGCUUCUCGCCCUCCCACCAAGCCAUGCUGGGCCCCUUCGGGGAGCUGCUGACCGAGGCGGACCUGCAUCAGCUGGAGAGGGCGGUAGAGAGCCUGCGGCUGCGGCGACGCGGCGAGGUGUACCAGGGCGAGCUGCGGCGCUUGGCGCGGGAGCUACGCGCCCUCCUGCCCGCCCCGCUGCUCAGCAUCUCCGUCCGCAGCCCCCCGCCCGCCCCCGGGCAGCCCCUGCCCCUCUGGUGCGGCCGCCUGGCCGGCGCCGUCAGCAGCCUGGCCGCGCUGCUGGGCCACGCCGAGGGGGUCUGGGGGUCCCGCGCUGUCGCCGCCGCCCCUGUCGCUGACCCCGCUCCCCUUGCCGCCGGCGUGCAGCCCCGGGAGCCGGCAGGCAGCCUGGCGCAGCGGGAGAUCCGGCAAUGUGGAGUCUGCGUCCGCAGCUUGCGCGGCGCCUUCGAGCCCGCCUGGGGGGCGGCGGGGGCCGCGCCGGCCGGGGGGGGCGAGGCGGAGGCCGCCAGCGACUCGGGCAUCAGCUGCGAGGAGGCGUUUUCUGACGGCGGCGGCACGGGGCCGGGGCCGGGGCCGGGGCCGGGGCCGGGGCCGGGGUCGGUGUGCGGCAGCCUAAGGAAGGAACGGAUCGUGAUGCUCUUCCUGAGCCACUGGAGACGCUCCGCCUACGCGCCCCCCCGGCCCGCCGGGGACCCUCGGCAGACGGCGGGGAGUGGGGCGCGCGGGGCGGCCCGCUUGGAGCGGCAGCGGGCGGCCAUUCAGAGGCUCCUGGGCUCCUGGCGGGACGCCGUCUGCCGCCGCCCCCCGCCGCCGCCCCCCGCCCGUGCCCUGCUGUCACCGGAGCAGUUCGUGGCGGCGGCGGGGGGCGGCCCAGCCGAGUACGAGAGUUUGUCGCUGGAGAUGUUCAUGCUGGGCUAUUUCCGCAUCUUGGAACAGGAGCUGCCCCCCGAGGAGCGCCGCGGCCGCCACCUGCUCUGCUUCGAGGUGUUCGAGCAGCUGGGCCGGCACGGCUGGCGGGCGGUGCGCGCCUUCCACCGCGCCGUCACCGACGAGAUCGCGGCUGGGAGGCGCAGCUGGCGCGACGGCUUCGACGACAUCAAGGCACGGUACUUCGGGUCCUCGCAGAGCCCGGCCCAGCGGCCGGGGGAGGCCGGGGAGGAGGGGGAGGAGAUUUGCCGAUACAUCGAUCGCAGCUUCGCCUUUUGGAAGGAGAAGGAGGCCGAGAUCUUCAGCCUGGAGGAGUGAUGGCGGCGGGCUGCGGAGUGCUGUGGAGGCCGCGGGAUGCAAUAAACACCUUCUCGGUUCUCUUCCAGCUGAGCGAGGUUUCCCGGGGCGAUGGAGAAAGCUGCUGAGCGAGGGGGCUCGCCUCAGCAUUUCGUUCCCCCCCUCCCCCGGGUCGGGUGUCUCGGUUCCCGGCUGCUGCCGCGUGUUUGCGGCCGUCGCGGAGUGAGAUAAGGGCCUGGCUGCCCACGGAGUGCCCAGGCUGCGCCACACACUGCACCUGAAAGCCAAACCUCACAAGCUUUCUGUCCCGGGAAACAGGGUUGAUGUCUCCUGGUCAGCCUCGGCCAGGCAUUACUGGC